AUGUCGAGCAUUUCAUCAAGCAGCGAUGGAAGCCCUGAAGGUUCUAGCGUAGGCCAAACUAUACCAGCUUCUUCAACUGCACCGGCGGCUGGAUUGGCAAUUACCACCACCACCACCACAACAACGCUGACUGCAGCAGAUGUGGAGGCUGCCAAUACUCUUCUCCAAAUGGCCAAUUCUAGCAAUCAACCUCCAGUCGGCGGUAGUGGCAGCAUUGUUACCACCACUCAGCAAGAUCCACCAGCUGAACAAGAGCCCGAGUCGGAGCUAUCAUCAGCACCAGAAUCGCCAGCAGAUAGUCGUCCAGAAAGUGACCCGGGGAGCGAGCCAGGGAACCCAGAUGAACCAGCUCAGGCGGAUACGACAAGAUGGAACGCCAUCAUUCCACAUGCCUCGAGAAAUGUUCCUGUAGGCAACAUCAUUGCUCGUACACCAGGAAGAACAAGACAAUCGAUCAGUACUCCAGCUGCUAAUCCAAGGUCCGUCAACCUUAGGCAGCAAGCCUCUCGCGUUUGGGGUAUGCGACAGCUUCUUGGCGAGCCUGUCGGAAUUACUGACGGCGAUCUUCAUCAUGCUCUUGUUGCAUCGGGAUGGGACUUGGGCACGGCGCUCCGAAGGAUGAACGAUGUCCUCAACCAAGCUAGACGCCGUCACCGCACGAAUGCACCAGGUCGCAGUCCAGCAGAGCAACAACGAGACCGUCUUCUCGGGGCAGACUCUCUUCACCACAAUCGGCGACUUGGCAUCGACUUCUUGUACACUCGCUUGGUCCAAGUCGUGCGUGCGGAUCAAGUUGACAUGCUCACCACCCUGGCCCUGGGGCAACUUCUUGCCGACCAUCGCUUUGACGUGGAUGAAGCCGUGCAUGCGUUUCUUGAGCGCAUACAAAGUGAGGAAGAGACAGAGCAUCACCAGAGACUGGAACGACGCCUUCGAAUGAUCAACCCCAAUCAGAUGCAUCUUGACCAACGCAUUGCUCGGUUCAUGGAGAUAGCUGGCAGCGACGACUGGUAUGCAGUUAGAGCCCUCUUAGCUACACAUGGCUAUGACAUGCUGCGGGCGAUGGAUCACUGGAUGCGUAACGGACUGACUUCAGCUCCUAUCCCGCCCAGCGAGCUGACCCGAUCGACGUUUCGAACACCCCGCCGCCCUCAUACUGAUACUGAAGAUCUUUGGCCCCACCCACGCCCUCUCGCUGGCCGUGUGGACAACAUUGACGAGGAUGACCUUGCUGAUGCCGCUAUCGACUAUGACGACACAUCGAAUCCAGAACGGAAUGGCUGGAUGGUCCGUUACCCACGAUCAGAGGCAAGAGUCGGUGUAAACAUACCCACGAGGCGGCGGUGCGAUUAUGUUCGAAGGGGGGAGUUUACGACUGCCGAAGUGACCAGAGCCGAAACAGUGCGGGGAAGCGGUAUUCGCUAUCCAUUCGACUACAACGAAUCCAAUCAUGUCAGACACCUCAAUGACACGGCUAGUCAAUGGUUUCGGAGGACGACGGGUGAAACAUCCAAGAAGAGAGGGAUGUUCUACCAGGACGAGGAAAAUGAUUGGAUCUGGUGGUGGCACAACGAAAGACUCUGGGAGCUGAUUGAAAAACAUCCUGAGCUGUUGGAUGCUACCAGCUUGGAAGAUUGGGAGCGUCUGGGGAUCAAAUGGCCCAUCAAAAUCGACAAAAAACAGAUGACUAUUGACUUCAAUGACCGUUGGGCUGGAACGACGAAUGCUGACGGCGAAGAACGUUCUGCGCGAGAAAUGAGGAGUCUCGAUGCCCAGCGGAGGAGGAUAAUCGCCAUCUGCGAGGAUUUUGGGUUGCCGUAUUCUCCUGCACACCCCCCCGGACCAACGAAGAAACCGCCGCCGCCGCCGCCACAGUAUUCUCCUUCCGGCAGUUCCGAUGAGGCUGGUGAUGACGGCAAUGAUAACGACGGUGACGAUCAGCCACCACGCAAGAAGAGGAAGCCGGCGGCAGAGAAGCCCGGCAAGAAAGACAAGAAGGGCAAGAAGAAGGCCGCAGACGUCAAUGACCAAGAAGAAUACGAAUCUCCCGGUGACAACGAUGAUGGAGGUGACUCGUCGGGCGCCGAUCAGCCAAUCAAGACCACUCAAAAAGGCAUGAAAAGGGGUGGCACCUCAAUGAAGCGCAAGAGAGGAGAUCAUGAAGAAGGAGAAUAUGGAGACAGUGACUCCGAUGAACCCACCCGGGGUGCUUCGGGUGGCAAGAAGGCUGGUAGGCCUCGUCGAUCACGGCGCAGUCGGGGCAGAAAGUGA